UAGCUUACACUCCGGUACACACGAGGGCAGCACUGGAGAAAGUUAGUUUUCCUUUUGACCCACCUUCUCCAAAAACAUGGCUGCUCCCAUGGCUCUCCGACGAGAAUUGUUUUCUUUGGUCAGGAUUUUUAGUGGAGUCUCACAUUUGGGACCGAGAGCUUUGGGCACCUGUUCACCUCACAUGAAAUGUAAUUUAAUCAGGUCCCAUCUCCCAUUGGCAUCCAGCACUUCGUUCCACACAGCAACAGUGUUUUCAUCAACACCUUCACCAAUCACUGUCACAGAAGAGCCCGACACACUGUUUCAGAAGGUGUUAGUGCUGGUCAAAGGUCAUGACAGGGCCGUGUUGGACAGCUAUGAGUUCUUUGCCACCACGGCAGCUAAAGAGCUGGGCAUCACCAUCAACAAAGUUUACGAACCUCCUAAGGACAUGGAGAGAUUUACAGUCCUGAAGUCAAUUCACAUCUUCAAAAAUCACAGGGUCCAGUAUGAGAUGAGGACACACUACCGCUGCAUUGAGCUGUCUCAUCUAACCGGCUGCACAGCGCAGGUUUACCUUGAGUACAUCCAGAGGAACCUCCCUGAAGGUGUAGCCAUGGCAGUGACACAGACAGCCAUGGAGAAGAUUCCAAAUCACAUCCUUGAACCCGUGUGGGAGGAGCACCCCAUUGAUGACAAGCCCAGCCAGUGAAGUUAGCGACGAGCAACAGAUACUUAUUGGAUGUUUUUCUCAGACGUUUGAGUAGAGACGUGGAAUAUUAACAUAUUGUUGUCAUGGACUCGUGAACGGCUCAUCAUAUAGAUGCCAACUUUAUUCUCUAUACAGAGUUUAGCACCAGAACUAUCAUUCAACAUGUAACAGUCUUCAUUUACUGUCAGUUGUGUGUUUUCAUUGUUUUUCUUCUGUGACAAAACAGUGUGGAAUUAAUUGUACUUUUUUUUUUUCAAUAAAUAUAUUCUUUAACUCA